CCUCUCUCCUCCCUCCCACUCUUUCUCUCUCUACCCCCUACCCCCUCCACCUCUCUCCCUCAAUUAAAUUAAGCUUUAAAUCACUCCCCUUCAUUUUCCUUGUAUAAAAUGGCCCUGAACCUCCAUCCAUCCUCACAGCAACACAGAUCACCAACACUUUGCUGGUGGAAGCACCUUGUUAUGGUUCCACCCUUGUCACUCUCUUUCUGAUUAUCCCUUCUCUCUUCCAAAGCUCUUGCUCCUCAAGCCUUAACCCAAAAACAGAGAGAAGCCAUGAGUCGCAGGAAUGGAAGUGGUCCAAAGCUUGACUUGAAGCUGAACCUAUCCCCACCGAGGGUUGACCGGAGACUGGCGUCGCCGACACGAUCGGCGACGGUGUCGCCGACAUCGCCGCCAAGCUCUUGCGUGUCGUCGGAGCUGAACGCAGAGGAAAACCCAAAAUACUCUAACAGCCCUGAAGCCACUUCCAUGGUGCUUGUAGGUUGCCCUCGCUGCCUCAUGUACGUGAUGCUCUCUGAGGAUGAUCCGAAGUGCCCCAAAUGCAAAAGCACAGUUUUGCUUGAUUUCCUCCAUGACAACAAAAACCCCACCAUUAGGAGGAGUUAGAGCAAGGAUCCCCGUUUCUAGCUCUGUUUCUAUUGCCCUUCCUAAUAGUAGGACAUAUUAUAUUAGCUUUUAAUCCUAGGAAUCUCUUUUUCUUUCUUUUUUUCCUAUUUUAACUAUUUUGCCCUUUCUAUGAGUAGUGC